CUGGGUCAUGGUCAUAUUGCAAGUGUGGUCGAUUUAGUGAACAUGGUCGUGGUACUGGUAGUCAUUUUUAUUUGUGCCUCAGCCUGUGUCCCCAGCUCUCAGGGGACGCUGGCAGAUGAAGAUUUGACACUGACCUUCGACCAGAAAGUGAAACUUGACGAGUUCAAGGCUAUUAUAACUCCACGAGUUCCGCACGAGUAUAUGAAGUCGGAAGUAUACUUACUUCCAUGGUUACGAGUAAAUAAUUUCAAUGUUGACGCUGCAACAAAGGAAAUCGUCAUGAAUUUUAAUUGGAGAGAUGAAAACAAAAUUGAUUCCAUCUUUGAAGACGAUUGGACCCAAUUUAAUAAAGAUUAUCGUAUAAGUGUGGAAGGAUGCGAUGCGGAAGGAAAACCAGUUUUGUCCCUCUUUGUGGGAGAAUGGAACCUCCGAAGGGCCGUAGUGAGUGGUCAGUCCGACAAAAUGUAUCGCUUCAUCGAUAAAUUAUAUGAAGAAGCGGGCUUCGUCAUGAGAAAUAUGCAGAAGAGUGGAAACAACAUAACCAGGGUGCAGUUUCUCAGUGAAUUUUCGGGAGUGAGUGUUCAGCAACAAUUGUGUCCAAGAUGUAUUUCCUUCUUCAUUCGCAUCCUUGAAGGCGCUGGCAGGAACCCGUUAAUCUUUACCAAACUUAUAUUUCUAAACAUUCCCCAAUACGCGGUAUCUGUCUGGAACAACAUUGUUGCUCCUAUAACCCCGCCCAGUGUCGCGAGUCUGAUCGAGCUGCACGGAACGAAUAAGGAGGCUUGGAGGGAUAUUCUGCUUAAAACGCAUGGAAUUGAUGUGUCCAAACUAAGCCCAGAUUUUGGCGGGGAUGGGCCAGAUUCCGUGGAUUUAGAAACUAUUCGGAGGAAUGGGUAUAACUAUGAAUGUCCAAAUUAGCAUACAUAAUACUUGUGUGUAACAAGCGCGGUUUCUGAAACAUUGUACUGUAUUUUAAUAUUUAGGCGACAAAAUUUUUGUAAAUAUGAAAUAAACUUUUAAUAAAUGAUUAAGGCGAGUA